AUGCCCUCUAUUCAUCGACCGAACGCACCUCAGCGCCUGCCUAGUGCUGCGAUUGAAAGUUCCUUCUUUCGUGCAAGAAACGAUCAAAGCCCCCAAAGCUCAAACGGUCCAAACCCAUCGAUCCAUUUGGAGUCACUAGUUAAUACACCCACGCCAGUCUCUCCGAGGACAACCGUUCCACACAAGCCUGCAAGAAGAGACAGGAGCUCUGAAAGCACGAACAGUCCAAGCUUUCCCAUCCCAUUUUCGACAACGUUGCCCUCGGCCUCAAGACCAGAAUGGCGCAGAUUGCAGUCCGGAGGAAGCGGUAAAUCCGAUCAGGCGUCAUUGGGAGGACAAAAAACGCCGACGACUCCAGACUCACCAGCAUCUGGCUGGCUAGAGCGGCAAACACCAGAGACGGCCUCGCUAUCCGAGUCCCUCAAAUCUGAGUCAAAGGACCGUAAACGUUCUUCCAUUAGCAUUAAAGCUCGGAAUCUUCUAGCUAUCCCACAACUGCGAGUCUCUAGCGCAGCUACCAAGGAUGGCGGUCCACCUCGUGAAGCAAGAAGCGGCUUCCGAUGGCAGCAUGAGAUGUCAGGUCACUGGCUUGAGAUCCGAGUGGGGCAAAGUAGACUCGUCGAAGAAAAUUCACGAAAGCCAUCUCGUGUUGGUGUAAGAGACCCACCCAAUUUGUCUGCAAAAGCUAGGGAAAUUUCUGGCAUCUCCUCCGUUUCGCAUUUUGCACCGGAGAUCGACAAUCUGUCUUCAACUGGCGUCACCUCCGACAAUGUUAGGAGCAAAAACCCAAAGUCAAAUUUGCACGAAGGUCUCUUUCAGAAGACCAAACGCCGACUCGGAAUCAGGCGCUCAACUUCUGCUAAGAAAUUCGCUUCAUCUCCUCCGCUACCACGAAUAGCUCCAAUUCGCCGCACUCGUACUGGCGAAGUCCUCGAGCGGACAGCAUCUGCCCUCCGCUUGAUCUCCCUCCAACGCUUCUCUACACACACCUCUAAUAGUAGCGCCCUCUCUAUCGCUGAUCCUCGCCAAGUGCGCCAAGUACCAUCCAAUGAAGCUACAAUUCGCACUUCCACAAUCCACUCUUCCUCGUCGUCAGAUUCUAUGCGCUCCUUCAUGCAAGGCAAACCUCCCCUGCCGAGCCCAGAUCAAAAUGAAAUGUACAUCGGCGCCGACAACGGCCAGUAUUUCCGUGUUGAGUUGACAGACCCUGGCGCCCCGACUUUUCUCCCCUCCGAAGCAAGGAGGGUCAAUACCCCACCUAUCAACAAGCACAAAGCCCGAGGUUUCUUCUUCAACUACAAACCCCCGAACGCAGACGAUGCCAUGCCGAAAAUGUUCAAAGACCGAAAGCGGACCUACACCUUCUCCGAAGAGCAAGAGGAAGAGGAACUAUCUCCCCCUCUUUCACCUCCCAAAACACCCAUGAACCACGACCACCACGAGGCUGGACCAAAACACAUGCACGAAGAAAACUGGAAGACCGGCGCAGGGUUUCAUGCCGGCGGGAGCGGCAGGAGGGUGUCCGCGACAGAAUGGUAUAAUGUGCAACUUGAAGCGAUCGAGGCGGAAGCGGCGACUAGAGAGCAGUUCCUGCAGGAAAUCCCGGAUCACUUGGAUACGUCGCCGUUGUGUCCGAAGAAUUUGCGUAGUAAGGAGAAGGGGAUGGGGAUUUGUUCUAUGCAUGGCCGGAAUGAAGAGGUGUGGGCGUCGAUUGCCGGGGGUGGGGGUGGGGGGAAGGAUUGGGCGAGGAGUGGAGGUGGGGUUGGCGGUAGUGAGGGUGAGGAUAGCGAGGAGAGCGCUGAGGUCCUUCCGGGACGGCCAGUUAGGCGGACCGUCACGCGGACGGAUUCGGAGCAGAAUUAUGGGCAGACGCAUCGGAUUGAGUAUUGA